UCUAGGACAGGAAGGAGCUCCAAGACUUGCAGAAAGCGCUUCUCCAGGCAGAAGGAAGGCAAAGACUCCCUUGGGGAAAGAAGCAAGACGCUGAGGAAGGUACAGAACUCAACCAAGACAGGAAGAAAGUCCUGGAAGCAAGGUGGGGGACGAAGAAUUUGGCGUAUAUAUUCUGGGCUCCCCAGCUCUGUUUGACCCGUUCGUUUUCAUCUCCAUAAUCAUCAAACAAGCAUUUCAAUCUCUGAGGAUCCGCCAUUCACUACACAUAUCUCCGUCUCUCUAUAAAAUCCCUUCUCCCUUCGACCUUUUUCCUCUGCUCAAGCUUCACUUUUCCUCACUCGACACGCUCUCUUUCAGUCUCCACAUCCCACGGGUUGCACAGCACCAGCGACAUUUCAGCAACACGGUCUUCUUUCCUCCUCCGACCUCUCAUCUCUAGGUGUUCCCGAUCAAGUCUUUGUAGACAUGAUGGAGCAGCAACUUUCUGACUUCAAACUGAUGAGGCCCAAGCUCACGAUCAUCCAUCAGCCUUCCGCCAGUAGCAUAGUUUUCCUACCCAUAAGGCUCUCGUUCAGGCAUUGUUCCUUGUCGACAUUACCUUGGGGCUCGGUCUUCUUCCCAGUGCAGUUUCGUCAUCAGCACCGCAGGGCAUCGACUCUAGUCUGCGCAGACUCCUCCAAUAUCAUCAGUGCUGCGAAAAUCGACCACCUGGUAGCUGAGCACAGAAACGAGUCGCUCGACAGCCUGGUGUCUCUCAUGCGCAUCAAUGCCGACCAGAGGGCAGCAUAUGUCGGCAGGCCGCGCUAGUCUUCAACCUGCACAUAUGCGGCUCCUCCAUCUGACACCUUCGCCUGUUCAACCUGUCGGCCCAGACACCUCAUCAAGGCCAAGGAUGGCGAUCUUCCCGGCACCAACAGAGACAAGAAGCGCCCCUGCAUCCGCCUGUCCCUUGUCUGUCCUUGCCCCUCCUCAACCAGCACUGUCGCGCAGUUCCCCCUAUCGCGCAGUCUCGCUGGUCGUUUCAAACCAUCUUCCAGCACCGUCCUCACCUCGCAUCAUUUGUGAGGGC